GACGUCACUCGACCUACAGUCCACCUGUAGUAGCCACCAUACCUGUUACACCAAAAACCGACAAAAUCCUCAACAAAGGUGGGGUCUUUUUGCCAACAGGUCACAAUGAGGGUGUUAUGCAUCGUGCUGUUGUUUAUCCUGUUAACCACCGCCUUGUCCAAUGACGUCGCCAAGGUCAAGAAAAGUAACAACGUCAAGUGGACAAAAAUCCUCGGAGAAGUACACAAGAUCAUCCGCAAACUCCCGCGAGAUUUGCAGGCUCCGGCUUCCAUGCUGGUUUUCAAGGCGCCCAAAUUCUUCGAGAAUCUUCUGAAGUCUAAAAACUCCUUCCUACAAAACCCUGUCGAAAUCUUUAAGAUGGUUGGCCUCGGAUUCAUGGACUUCGUGAGCAAUCUGAUAGAAGAAGGAUGGUUACCGCCAUGGGAGGAAGUAGAAGGUGACGUCAAGAAGUUACUGAUGGGAUUGUCAGGUCUCGCGAGACUUGAGAACGAGAUUUCAUCCACCCGGAGUAAACUCCCACAAAUCAAAGAUGUCGACUUGGAGAAAGAUGUAGCGGAGGCAGUCAGCAAAAUCAAAAAGGAUCUACCCAAACUGUGGAAGAGUAUACAAAGGAAGAUGCCUAAGGCGCUAGUCACUGAUACUAAAGUCUUACAGAGGAUUCUUCCAGAUGAAAAGCAAGUGAGACAAAUCCUAUACUCUCUGCUGACCACCAUUGAAGCAAAACUACCCAAUCUAGAAGCCUACAAAACACAAGAUAUCUUCAGUCAUUUGAAAGACUUUCAAAAACACGCACCAGAUGCGUUAACAGAUAUAGUGAAGGCUACUUCCCAAGCUUUGGCGACGUUGCAAAGAAAGUUUCCAGAUAUGAGCGAUGUUACCAUCACUGGCAAAAUGAUUCGAGUCCACUUACCAGUUUUAGUUAAACAAGCUGUGGAAACCUUACCUAACAUGAAAUCUGUAAAAUUAGACGAACAAAAAUUGCAAUCAGAAGUUAAAAGUUUGCUAGCACAAGUUGAGAACGGCCUUCCCGGUUUGAUUCAGAGUUGGAGCGCUAAAUUUCCUGAUCUCAGCCAAUGGAAACCCGAAUCGUUGCCUGACGUUGUUCUAGAAGUCGCUAGGUGGAUAGGUGACUUGCUUAUAGGGGGUCCUGCAAGAUUACCAGAUAUGAGUCAAUUGUCUAAGGAAAAACAGGGUGGUGUGAUGAAAACUUUAUUUGCGUCUGCUGGAACGAAACUAAAAUUUAUCGCUCAUAACAUCAACCAGCAUCUCACUGAUGGCAUUCAGUAUGUUAAAGAAAAUCUACCAGAACCAAAACCGGACAGAAACGAAUUAUAAAAUAGAUAAUUUUCACCCAAUGUUUCAUAUAAUGUUACUUGAUGGCCUUACCAGAUGCAAUUUUGGAUUAUAUCUAGUUCUAUUUUGUCACUGAUUUAUUUUAGAUAUGAUUUCACACGGAUGCUUACUUUUUUAUGUAAUAUUUGCACGUUUGU